AUGGUUCGUGUGGGCCUGCAGAUUUCCGCCACGCUGGAGAACGUGGACAAGCUGGAGACGUGUCAUCCGGAGUACUCCUUCUUCUUGAAGCUCAAGUGCACCAACUGCGGCGAGCAGUCGGACAAAUGGCACGAUAUCACGGAAUCCGAACGUGUGCAACAGGAUUCCCGCAAUGCGGCCGGCUUUAAUUUCUUCAUGAAGUGCAAGAUGUGCAGCCGGGAGAACAGCAUCGACAUCGUCGAAAAAUCGAAUGCUCCCUACACGGCGGACGACUCUGGCGCAUUUAAGACCAUCGUGGUCUUCGAGUGCCGCGGCGCAGAGCCCGUCGAAUUCUCGCCCCGCAUCGGUUGGCGCGUCUCAUCCGCUGAAAAUGGCCAGCAGUUCGAGGAGGUGGACCUCUCCGAGGACGACUGGGUGGAGUACGACCAGAAGAACAACAACUCCGUGGGCAUUUACGAGUUCGCAUCGAAGUUCAUCAAGCUGAAGAAGUGAAUCCUUUGCUGCAUUUCACAGAGGAUUUCCUUGAAAUCGGGCCUACGCCUCAUCAAACUGAUAAAUGUAAACUCCACGGCACACGAAAACAAAUUAGUAAUUUAGCAAAUAUAAAGGCAUUUCGAAUUGUUUUGUUACCUAUAAAUCACCAUUCUUAAGUAA